UCUACACCAGGUAACACGUUCCCAUGGAGCUGAGCAUCGGUCCGCAUACCCGAGCUGCUCUCUUGGAAUGCGGGGAAGGGAGACUGUGAUAUCUCUAGUUUGAGACACUUACAUACAUGCCCAGAGAUUGAUAAUCGCGUGUUGAUUCAGGAUUGAAUCCUUGAUAUAUGUAAGCCCCAGCUAUAUAGGCACAGUGGCUAGUAUCCCCUUUAAUCGUCCAAGAACUCCAAGCUUGCUUGCAACUUUCUCUUCUUCAUUAAUAUCUACCUAUUAUCUAGUUAUUCAGGAUACCACUUACAUACUUACGAUGGCCCCCUCAAGGAUUGACGACCCUCUCCCCAGCUUCAGCCAAGCAAGCAUAUCAGAGCAACGCUACUCAGGUCCGCCUCGGAACAUAGCCAACAUCGACGCCAUCACAUUCGACAAGUCGCUACAACCCAAGAACUACGAGAUCCGGGGGACGCACCCGGAAUCCAGGAUCCUGUUCACCGAUGUGCAGAUUCUGGAUUCCACAGGACGUGAUCCCUAUGCUGGGGAUGUGCUGAUCGAAGGGGAGAGGAUCACUCGGGUAGGCGUCGUGCCGGGCGUGGAGGAGCUGAAGAAGGAUCCGAAGGUUAGAGUAUUUCAUGGUCGGGGUAGGACCUUGAUGAGUGGUUUGGGCGAUGCACAUACGCAUUUCACGUGGAAUGGCGGGGAUAUGAACCGCUUGGGAGAGUUAGGGGUGGAAGAGCAUGUUCUCCUGACUGCAAGAAGUGCACAGUGCUACAUUGACUCUGGAUACACGAUGUGCUAUGGAGCAGCAUCGGCGAAAGAGAGACUGGACGUUGUGAUCCGUGACGCCAUCAAUGCCGGAGAUAUACCCGGUCCUCGAUACCUGGCUAACGGACAGGAGAUGGCACGAAGGGACGGGGAUCUCGUUCCUGGCAUCACAGCAUAUGCCGAUGGUCCCGACGAGAUGCGACAAGUAAUCAGACACCAUGUUAAUAUUGGUGUUGAUCAAGUAAAACUGAGUAUGAGUGGAGAAGAGAUCACUGAAAUCCGCGCAGCGCAGGAUUGUUACUUCUCCGAUGAGGAGACGGCGGCAUGUGUCGAAGAAGCACACAGCCUCGGUCGACGAUUAUGUGCCCAUGCCCGAGCCCGUGAUUCCAUCAAGAUGUGCGUGAGGCAUGGCGUAGAUGUGAUCUACCACGCCUCCUACAUCGACGACGAGGGAAUGGAUAUGCUCGAAGCCAAGAAGACCAAACACGUGGUCGCCCCAGGGCUCAACUGGUUAAUUGGAACCCUUCACGACGCCGCGGCAUUCGGAUAUCCCAAUGAGAAAGCUCAAGAAGUCGGGUACCAAAAGGAGCUCGAUGCCGCUAUCCGAGGCCUCAGAGAGAUGCAUCGACGAGGAAUAACCAUCCUUCCAGGUGGUGAUUACGGGUUUGCCUGGACACCGCACGGCACCUACGCGCGGGAUCUCGCGCACUUCGUGAACCUCCUAGGUUUCACCCCAAUGGAAGCCAUCAUCGCGGCGACAGCCGGGGUAGCCAAGCUAUUCAUGCGCGAGCAGGAGCUAGGACGGAUCCAGGAGGGGUUCUACGGCGAUUGCAUCCUCGUUGAUGGGAACCCGCUCGAGGACAUCAGCAUCCUGCAAGAUCACGAGAAGUUGAACGUGAUCCUGAUCAAUGGGAGGGUGCACAAGGCCGGGAGGAAGGAAUAUGUAGCUCCGCCGGUGGCGGGACAGGAUCAUAAUGCACAUCCCAUCGUGCCUGAUUUCCCGGAGAUGAAGAAGGAGAUGCAGAAGAAUUAUUGAGCGCAGGCAGCUCUUGACUUCAGUUUUGUUUGCGGGGUUGGCACAGUUUUGUAGUUGUAUGAAUGGAUAAGGCUGAAAACCUCCCGCCUUCCCCUCUAACCCUCAAGCUACACGAUCCUAUACUACGCGAUGCU